ACCUUAUUUCUUUUCACCUUCCUGGGUCCCACCCCAUCACCAUCACUCCGAGCUGCUGUCCUUCCACCAAUACAAAACCGACGCCGCCGGCUAGCCUGCCGGCUGGCCGUUCUUGGCGACCCCGCGGCGCCGCACAGGUCCGCGCCGGCGGAGGUACUUCCCCACUGUCCGGUGCUCCUCCAUCGCCGCGGGAGCCGUCCUGGACGGCCUGAUGCUGCACUUCGCGGGGCCACUGCCUGGCUGCCGGUUCUGCGCCGGGUAGCGGAUGCCACGGCCGUCGGCAUGCGUACGGGCUUCGCCGCAGACAGCGGCGGAGAGCUCAAGGUUAAUAAAUCUUCUAUGUACGUGAGGUGAGGAGGUAUGUUUGGAAGGCUGUGAUUGCAUCAUAAAGAUGGACUGCAGGCUGGCUGGGGCUGGUAUUGCGGUUCUUUGGAAGAUGGAGGUCGAUUCCCAAGGACUGGUCUGGACAAAGAACUACCAUUACAAUGGACGGCAUCCUUACAGGAUGUAGAUGAAAGAGAUUGUGUAGAGAUACCCCAAGGAAUCGAAGCACAUCAUCACUGAUCACAUGUGGCACUGCUGGCUGCAGUAAACUCGAAGUAUGCUGCUCCGUUCUAGGUAGAAGACAAAUGUCAUGCCUGUCAUACAGAUCACGUGCCCGUGCCACCGAGCAGGCGAGCCCAGCACAUACCAAACAGGCUGACCAAGUGGUUGGAAAAAUUCCCCUUUUGCUCUCAUGGCCAUGGAGAACACCGCACCGUGCGACGAUUUCUUGAUGAUCAUGGCCGAUCUCGAGUCUGAGAAUCCGGUUGCCAACGUAGCAGCUAUAAACCAUGCCUCGGCGUUGAUAGCUAGAGGUAAACUCCCUGAAUCCCUGCUCCUAUGCCGCCUAAUCGCUGGCCUUGCUUCCAAUUUGGCGAAGCCUCACCAUGAAGUUAUCGUCAAGAAGGAUGUCUACUCAAUCUUGAAGGCAAUCAGGGACGUCAUCAUCAGCAAUUACAUGAACAUGGACUCAGCUUGUGAUGAGGCUCUCCAUGCCAUCCGGUGUUGUUUCAUGGAUGAAUUCUUUCGCCAUAUUCAGCAUAACCCACGCAUGGUGAGGCUGUGGACAGUCCAGGACCAAUUGACUGCGCUGAAAACCUUAUGUACCUUCUUUCGUAGCUCACCGGAAAACAUCAAUGACACUAGCUGUGUUGCAGCCUUUGCCUCACUGAUGCUGUCACCGCAUGUCACCGUGGUACGUGCAUGCGCGGGCACCCUUCCCUCUCUGUCCAUUGUUCCAGGCUUUGCAUUUGCAUUGGCACGAGCCUAUUGCAAUCUUCUCGAAGUAUUUCCACCGCAAUCAUCACUUCAGAUAAGCAGCGCGGUUUUAGUGCUUGACAGGCUGAAGCAGAUUAGCAUGACCUUGGUGGAUCACCCCAGGUUCGAUGAGCUGGCCCUGGAUGUACUAGGGGCUUUGGCAAAUCCCAAUUUUGCUGUGCGAAAGAAGGUUCUGAACUUGGUGGUGAGCUUCCUCACCCCUGGGAAUGUCGGUGAUGUGCUACGGAUCCUUAUGAACGCACUGGAUUUGGCAGCCACUUCAGACAUCCCUAAUGAGUAUCAAAAGAUGCUGGAUGAGGCGAUUACAGAAUGCCACUCUGCUUAUCGAGAAAGUAUUAUGCAAAUCAUACUAGAUCCAAAGUACCUUGUGUUCAUCAAUUGUAUUCGCUACAUGAAGGACAUCAUGGACUGUAACCCCUUGUUGGGUCCCCAGCUUCUAAAGGGUCUUCUAAGGGCGCUCCGGCAUGUCAGGUCAUCGCCUGUGUGUGCUGCUGCUGUCUGGGCCAUCUCAGUGUGCUCUGAUUCACUGUUAGAGACCCGUGGCGCCAUGGUUGCAAUUUCACCUCUCUUCAAGGACCUACUGGAUCGACGUGAUCUUGAGAAACUGAUAAUUGGAGGUGGAGAAGUGGAGCAUGAAUACAUGCUUGCUAGUGAUUGUUAUGGUAUUAAAGAGGGAGAUGCACAGGAACAGCCCCUGCAGCCAUGGCUGAUGGAGAUGGAGGAACUUCUGUUUGUGCACAUAGGGCUCACAAGGCAAGCAGAUGGGAGCUAUGCCAUAGCUUCGAGUUCCCAGAGCAGUGCUAGUUCUGAAGAUGUGCCAUCAUUGAACCAUACAGACAAUCUGGCAUUCGUUGUGCAGUCUGGAGAUGUGUUAUUGGCAGAUUUCGUGGAAAGCAUGCUGUCCAAGCUUGUGGAUGAGGAUGAAGAGGAGCAGUAAUGUUGCUAUAGGGUUCUUGAGUUUUGAAGUAAUAAUUUACCGGUCUUGGGCACAGUGGCUAUACUGAUUCAUUGGCCACUUUGUUCCAUAGAGCUCUAGGGCUUGAAAAAUUAAAUAUGCAGCAUAGUUGAAUCUGCAUUGUCAGUACCUCAAUAUGCAUAAUACCAUCUUUUUGCAUGGAAGAACUGCCAAUUUUUUUCUGUCUGCUUA